UCACUCUCGUCACGUGGCGAGUGUGGCGACUGGCGACGUUUGACGUGUGUCAGAUGAGGCAACUUAGUGCGUUUAAUGAAGUAAUUUUGUGAUAAUUAUGUAAUGUGCGACGAGAUGGAAACUAACGCAAAUUUGUUCAUAACGUUUUAAUGCUGGACAAUCAUGCUGUCCCUGAAUCGGUUGUGCUCCAAGUCGGGAGCUUACCUGACACACGUGUCAUCCGAGUCGAUCUUGUUCAAGAGGUUCAAACACCGAUUUAAUACUAACAAUAAGCAUACUGCAAAGAAACUGUAUGAAACGCUGGGCGUAACAGAGAAUUGCGAGGACGAGACCCUGAGACUGGCGUUCGUUCACCUUGCAAAACGGUUUCAUCCGGAUAGCGGAGCAUCGGAAGCCGAUGCUGUUAGAUUUUCCGAGAUUGAAAGUGCAUAUAGAGAGAUUCGAAGAAUCAGGAAUGCUCAGAAAGAUGAAGAGGCAUCAUCGGAGGUGGAAGAGUUUGAUAUCAAGCAUACAGCGCCACAGCAUCGUCAUUACUUGACCUUCGAUGUUGGAAUCGGCACGCCAAGCAAAAGGCAGAGGCUGCACACGAUACAAAGGGCUCAGAAGGCAGUUGACAACGUGAUGGAGCACAGAUUGAAGAAACUGCAGGCUGAAGAGCGCAACACGUUAAUAGGCAUGGAUAAGCAAAGAGCCAAGGAUAUCAAAACUCGUUAUGGCAUGGAUCGUUUGGUGGAAGAUUUGAUUCAGGAGGCGAUGAACAAGGGUGAAUUCAGCGAUUUACCUGGAAUGGGAAAACCACUGAAGAGUACAAACGCUAGCAAUCCUUAUGUCGAUUUUGUGACUCAUAAAUUGAAUCAGAUAUUGAUAGACAAUGGAUUCACUCCAGAAUGGAUACAACUGUCAAAGGAAAUCAGGGAAGAAACUGAGGAACUGAAAAAGAGAUUGUCAGAAGCACGUAAUGACGUGAGCGAGCUCCCGUUGACUUCAAAAGACGAACUGAUAUGGAAAAAUAAAUUAGAAAAAUUUCGAACUACAACAAAGCAGAUAAAUAAUAAAAUUGAUAAGUAUAACUUGUUAGUUCCUAUACUACAGAAACAAAUGCUCCACGUUAGAUUAGACGAUCUCGCUGCGAAAGCGUUAGCGGUACCGCCUUCGAAAAAUAUUAAAAAAUAUGCGGACACUAGUCACAAAGGUACAAAUGAGAGCAUAUCCCAGGAUUUGUUUAAUUUCAUAAGCAACUUGUUUAGUAAAAAAAUUACUUAGGAGAUAAGCGAAAAAUAUGUGAUAUAGAUAUCGUAAACUUAUUUGUACAUAUAUAAAUAAUGAGAUUAAGAUUUGUAACAGUAUAAAAAAAAUGUAACUUUUAUAUUUUAUAAAUCUGAUAUGUAUAUAUGUACAUGUGAGCUUUCUAAUUCCAAUGAAGAGUGCCGUCUUCUUUCAAUUUUAUACGACCAGUUGCUAGAUGUUUUAAGGCACGAGGGUAAGCUCGAUGCUCCGCCGUCUUCACACGCUCUUGCAAAAUUUUCUCAGUAUCGUCUGGAAAUACGGGUACCGCUUCUUGCUCAACGAUAGCUCCUGAAUCUAUAUCAACCUAAUUGAUGAGGGAAAGAAGAUUGGUAAUAAUUCAUUAAGAUCGAGAUUCCAAUUAAACUAAAAAAAAUAUUUAAACUUUUCGAUUAUCAUACCUCCACGAAAUGCACAGUGCAACCCGACACGCGCACACGUGCUGCUAAAACGUCCUUGUGUGCGUUCGCACCUUUGAAAGAUGGUAACAACGACGGAUGUAUGUUCAACAAAGCUCCUUUCCAAUGCUUCACAAAUUGUUCCGAUAGAAUUCGCAUAAAGCCAGCCAGGCAUACUAUCUCUACUCCAGCAGCGUGAAGUUCUACAUUCAUGGCUGUGUCAAAAGAUUCGCGGCUUGGAUAAUCGCUCUUUCAGCACGUUUCAAUCCUUCAACGCCAGGCUUAUUGGAAAUCACCAAUACGAUUUCCGCUCCAAUGUGCUGAGACGGAUCCUGAGUAGCAUUAAUUAGCGAUUGAAGAUUUGUACCGCUACCCGAUAUUAGAACGCCUACUCUCUUAAGAGGCUUGCUCAGUGAUGCAACCAAAUUGGGAAUAUAUCGUUUCAUCUCAGGCUCGAGAAUUUUUUCAAAAUUCUCUACGUGCACUCUAGCCUGGCCAUCUGCAUCAAUACAAUUAAGAUAAAUAUAAAAAUCAAUUUAAUUGAUUCUAUUAAUUAUAUUGACAACAGCAAUAAUUACUGCGACAUGCAUUCACGCUUCCGAUAAUCACAGGAUGUUCAUCUUUCGGUAAAUUGGAAGCCGAAGUUAAAGCCAAAAUUUGAGACUUGUCUUUCUCGGAGCAUAUCAAAACCGCACCAAUUCCACAGUUAAAUGUUCUCAACAUCUCGUGUUUAUUAAUUCCGCCUAUGCAAAAAUCAAAUAGUUUUGUAGUUUUUAGAAAAUUGCGCGUGCAUAUUAUACCUACCAAUUGCUGCUAACCAGCUAAAAAUUGGUAGAACAUUCCAUUUUUUCGCGUCUAACGUCACACCGAAAUUCUCCGGUAAAAUUCUAGGAAUAUUUUCCGUAAGACCUCCUCCGGUGAUGUGCGCGAAUCCUUUCACGAGGUUGCUUCGCAAGGCAGGAAUAACGUUUUUUACAUAAAUCUUUGUUGGUUCUAACAGUUCUUCGCCUGUGAUAUCACAUUAUUGUAACGUAUUUUUUAUGAUUUGUAUUUAAUUAUUAAAAGCAUUUUAAUUUAGAAAA